AUGGGUCGCCCACAGCAGAAGAAGAAGAAUCGGACAAAAGUGCCCAAAAUCAAGAAAAAGCGCAAGCUGCUGCGCUAUGGGAACAAGAAGAUCAAUGUGUUGGGCAAUCCUCUGAUUGCACAGAACUGGGACAAGAAUUUGACGUUGCUGCAAAACUACCGUCGUCUCGGUCUCACAGCCCGAUUGAACGCUCCGGCCGGAGGUGUCGAGAAGCCCAAGGGUGUCGACCCAGCCACCGCAGCGCAGCAAACGUCCGAUCCUCUGCACAUCAACAGCAGCGCGAAAGCAAACCUGCAACUCGACCCGCAAGAAGUCCGCGUGGAGCGCGACCCCGAGACGGGCAAGAUCUUGCGGGUCAUCCGCGACGAUGAGGAGGAAGAGGAAAACGAGAUCGAGAUCGCGGGGCGCAAGCGCAAGCGCUCCAACCCGCUGGGCGAUCCUCUGACCGAGAUUGAGGAGGGAGGCGGUGCUUCGAGCAGGCAGACCAAGACAACCUCCUCCGAGCCGUCGGAUUUCGUGAAGGAGCUGGAGCAGCGCGUCGCGCAGGAAGAGGAGGCGGUCAAGAAGCGACGACCGCGGCAGCAGAGCAAGCGCGAGGAAGAGUGGAUCCAGAGGCUGAUCGAGAAGCAUGGGGAUAAUAUCCAGGCCAUGGUGUGGGAUAGGAAGUUGAACCCGUAUCAGCAGAGCGAGGGCGAUUUGCGGAGAAGAAUCCGGAUCUACAAGGAGAGGCAUCCUGCUUGA